AAACACAAUCGAAAAAAGAAAUGAAAAGAGCAAAUCAAAUUGCACCCAUCGUCAAUCGGUAGCCCGGGCCGGCGUUGCAAGUCGAAGAAGACAUACGAGCCUCGAAAAUUAAAGUUUAAACUUUCCAGCCACCGCCAAGUUGGUUAUUCGUACGCCAGACCGCCGAAAGUGUACAUCGCAUCGUGCCUAGAGAGCCCUGCCUGGCCGUCGAAAACUUGUCUCGCAAGUGCGGAAAACUUCCCUCCAGGACAGAGCUAAAGUUUAUUUCAAGUGCUGAAAACACCGCAUUUAAAGAAGGAUUUUCAUACGCUUCCAAGAAUUCACAAGAGAAAAAACGAGUAUAAUAUCAAGUGAAUUACCGCACGAAAAGGUGCAGAUCAAAUUAACAGGUUGUGGAUCGGUUUUCCAUCCGGAAAAGUCGUUUGGAGAAGAAAUGUAGUGAAAAUCAAAGAAAACCCGAGAAGAGACCAACCGGAAUAACAACCAACAGGAAAGUGAAAAAGAAGUGAUUCUCGGCGGAAACUCCACCAAAGCAUAAGUUAGGGCAGAGCAAACUCUUAAUCAGAAAGUAAUUUUCACCCCCGAGCAACACCCCUUUAAUCUGGCAGCACCCUCGCUAGCUUUAUCUUCCUGUGAAACAGAACAAGCGGGAAGUGAAAAUUAAAUUUCCGAAGAAAAGUGCAAAGUCUGACAUCUGAACAGAAGAAAAAAAUCUUAAACAGUGAAAAGGCGCCCAGUUCGAAGUAUUUUCGGUAAACCGAAUAAGGAAAAAGGGAAUCCGGCAAGAACACUCCACACUUCACAGUCAAAAGUUUUGCUCGACCGGGGCGUGCUAUUCGAAUUGUAAGCAGCAGCAACAGCAGCAGACAUUCCGGAACCAGAACGGGAAACAUCGCUGGAAGCACAACAUCACACGAAAGCCGGCGAAAGAUGCUGCCACUUUUGUUCUUCGUUUUGCUAGCAGCUCCGACGGUGCUGCGCGCAGAAGAAAGUGCCACUGGGCAAUCGACACAGACCACCACGGCUAGUGCCAAGGUCGAUUUGACCGAAACGAGCCGGGUCGGUAAGGCCCUUGUCUUCAACAUGACGGUGGGCGCCCGAAAACCGAAACGCUCCAACGUGGAAAUACCGCUGCUGAUCAUCCGACCGAUCGAGAAGAAGAAGAAAAAGCCCUACAAGGACCACAUGGUGAAGAUUAUGACCGGAGGUGUGGCAUCUUACGGGAGCUAUCCGGAGAUUCAUUCGAGUGAUCACGAAGUUUUCUCCCUGGAACACAUGCUGCCCAUACUUGGGUUAGAAGGAAUGGUCUACGGCGGCCACAAAAUGCCCCAAUUCAUGCCUUCUCAUCAGUACAAACCAUCAGAGUACCAUUUUUUACCUCACAAACUAAAGGAAGAUACUCCUGUUCUGUCCAGCUUUACGCCAACAGAAACAGUACCAUCUCAGUCCCACCCAUCUCCACCUUCACCCAACUUUGUGCCAGCUAUCAAUACGGAAGACCAACUGCUAAAAAUAGGUCACCAAGCAUUGGGGAAACUAGAAACUCCUGGAUCUUCGCAAUUCCAGCCUGUUGUUCAUGAGAAACCCACCUUCGUUAAGCCCGAGAACUACCCGAGCAAGUAUGGAUUUUCACAUGGGCAAACAUUCAAGACUGUUCCAAUCGGCAAUGUCCAUCCAGGUUUUGGACCCUCAACGCAUGCAGGAAUGCAUAAUGAAGUAAUUAUGUUCCAUAAGCCACAGUUUUAUUCAACAAAACCGUCACCUGCUUACAAGUGGCAAGAGCACUCAAAGAAACCUCAAAUGGUCAGUCCUCUGUCAAUCUCAACCAAUUUUUACCACCCAAAAACUCUGGCUGGCAACGCAGAAGAAAACAAUCAACAGCAACAACAACCUUUGACAUACUAUCAGCACCAACAACAACCAGCUUCAGCACCAGUUCAAACACACGUUAGCUAUUUUAUCCCCAAAGAAAUUGAAUUACCUCAACCACAAGCUCAAGUUGCCCAACAGCAAACUGCACCUCAACAAAUGCAUCAGCCUUCUCUUUCGGUAAACACAGUCCAAAACGGAGAACACGUCGAUUUCGUUGUCCCUAAACAACCAUCUCAUGAGGAACCUCCAAAGACAUACUACAAAACAAAAGCCCAUAAACAGCACCACAGCAGUCAACAGCCGACCUACUACAUCCACAAGCAAUUCGAGUAUCCCGAAAAGGCGAAUGGAAACGAAAACAACGUUGUUUCCGAAUACCAUGGAUCACACAGUCCAAGUAAAGUGGAACAGACCCAACAACAGCUCCCAGAAUCCUCCCCUUACGCUGCCCCACAAUAUCUACCGCUACAACAGACCCAACAGCAGCAGCCUUCCGCCGCAAUCACGUUACAUCAGACUCAUCCGCAACCACAACAGACAUUCCACAACACCAACCAGCAGCAAACUUCGGCACAUCAGAAUCACUGGAAAUUCGGUCGAAGGAAUCAUCAUCGGCACGAACAUGUCAAGCCCGUUGUGGAGGCAACCAGCGAACAGGAACAGGACAGCACACAUGCAUCUUCCAUUCAACUGAUCAAAACGUUGAAACCGGCGGAAAAGUCGACGACGGAAGUCAAGGUUGAGAUCGAGCACGUGGCACAGUCCAGGGCAGAUGAUAAGCAGCCACAGCAGCAGCAACACCAGAAGGGUGAAACCACGACCAUCAGGGCAACGACGACGCGGGCCGGCAGGCAGGGUUGAUUUAUGCAACUCCUCGAGCAACAUGUGAUGGCGGACGACUGCGAGGAAAGUACAUGCACUCGAAAACUGACUCCACUUGUGCCCCCGAAUGAACCGAAUAACCGGACCAGCGCCAGCGAUGGGAACCACCAACUAGCGACAACCGUCCGAACAAAAACACCAAAACUAAGCUUCACGGGAGGAGCAGCUGAUGGAGAGAGGAAACCGAGGAGAUGAUGACUUCUUCGGUAGCGGAACACCCAAAAAAUAACAACCAACGUCAUACAUUAGAGCACAACCGAUCCGGAAAUUUCGGAGGUUUUAAUUGAUGCUUUUCUAUUCAUGUGUUGCUUACUAUAGCGGGGUUGUUAUUGUUGUUGGUGGAUUAUUUUGUUAUUCAUAGCAUUCAAGCAAAAAGGUUUUGUUUGAAAUUGAUUAGGUUGAGUAAUUUAUUUGAUUUGUUAGGUUAGUUGCAAUAGUUAUCUUUUGUGUUUGAAAGUGGCUGUAAGAGAGUGUCAACUGAGAGAGAAAGUAUAUAAGUAGAAUGACAGCAUUUAAUUGUUAUUGGUCUUGACAAGAUUUCAAAAACUCAGAACUUCAAGGAAAUUAUAGGAGAGAAUUACACUUACACCAAAUCCUAACUGAACACAGAGUGAAUCUUCCCAUUUCUUUUCAGUUUUCUAUUACCUAGACUAGUACGUAGCUAUUUAUUAACUAGCUCACGACCGGUUGGUAAAAUCGAUCAGAAGAGCAGCCCAUUUGAUUCUAGUUGUAAGCGUCUACGGAGAUGAAAAUAAAGCGAUCAAAUCA